AUGUACCAUACAGUUCAAGGACAUGAGUCAUCGCUGUUCUUAUCUUACUUCAAGGAUGGCAUACGGUAUCUGAAAGGAGGAGUAGCAUCCGGCUUCACACAUGUCACAGACAAAUAUGAAAAUUGGAGACCAAAACUGUUCCAAUGCAAAGGAAAGAGGAAUGUACGAUGCAAAGAGGUGGAAUGCAAAGGAGAAUCGCUGAAUCUUGGAGAUGUUUUCAUAUUGGAUUGUGGUCUGAAAAUAUAUGUUUGGAUGCCACCUGCAAGCGGAAGGCUUGAAAAAAUAAAGGGGAUGGAUCAAGCAAGGAGUAUUCGAGAUCGCGAGCGAAUCGGAAAACCAGAAAUAAUAGUUCUUGAUUCUGAUUGGAAUACGAACGAUGAAUUUUGGAGGAUUUUGGGUGGUAAAGAAAAAGUUAAGCCAACAGAGGCAGGUGGAGAAGACGAAAAUUACUGGCAGACAACUAAUAAUCAAUUAACCCUCUGGAGAGUAUCGGACGAAAUGGGUAACAUGAGCGUGAAGAUGGUUUCGAAGGGAAAUUUUCAGUACAGUCAACUCGAGUCAAAGGACGCUUUCAUAUUGGAUGCCUACAACGGUGGGAUAUACGUUUGGAUUGGGAAAAAGUGCUCGCCAAAUGAACGAAAAAAGGCUAUGGCAUAUGCCAUCAAAUACAUCGAACUGCAGGGAAAAUCAAAAAAUACGCAAGUGGUACGAGUUUUGGAAGGUGCCGAGCCGGUUGCAUUUACUCAAUGGGCCAGUUCCUGGGAAAGUCCCAAGAAAACACCGCUAUUUAUUCCUAAGUUAUAUCAGUGCAGUGAUCAGAAUGGCAGACUAACUAUUGAAGAAAUUUGCAACUACACACAAAAAGAUUUGGAUGGUGAUGAUGUGAUGAUUUUGGAUACUAUGAAAGUCAUUUACGUAUGGAUUGGAGCUGGCGCUAAUGAGCAAGAAAAGAAGCUUGCUGAUAACAUUGCCAAUAAAUAUCUGCAAGGUGAUACACUUCCACGUCCGGUCGGAGCUCAAAUUGUAAAGGUGCUUCAGGGCAAGGAAACACCUGCAUUCAAAGAAAUCUUCAUUAACUGGAACGAUCGCAUCGCAGAUGAUCGAACUGUGGAAGUCGUCAAGAAGAGUUUAUAA